AUGGCUCGACCUCCUCCAAGAGCAAUAGUGAAAAUCGAUAUCGACUGCAUGGACCCCGCCGAAGCGCACAGAUUACUCCCUUUCAAGCCAUAUGAUCAGACAAGCAACCAACGCCUAGUCUACGAACAGAUAAUAUCCCCCGAGAACCGCGCCCUACUCGUCCAAGCCGCCCGAGAGUAUCAGCAUAAAGGCUGGGAGGCGAUUCUCGACCGGAUGAGCGCCCUCCUCUGCGCAAAGAACUUCCACAACAUCCAAGGCCGAGUCCUGCUGCAGACCUCGGCUUACCACGCCUACGACACGCAAAAGGUAGUCGACCACGCGUGGUCGUAUGUGCGAGAGCUCGAGGAUGUUGGAAUACCCAGGGACCGCGUAUGCAUCAAGAUCCCCUCUACUGGGCCUGCCUUGAACGCGAGCCCGAUUCUGCGCAAAGAUGGCAUUCGCACUCUGGGCACUUCGUUGUUUUCGCUUACCCAGGCUAUUGCGGCGAGUCAGGCAGGGUGCCUUUCUAUAAGCCCUUAUUAUAACUUACCCUGGUACCAUGCGGAUCCUGAUCAGUGGCCUAAUGUAGAAGACCCAGCGCUUGAUCAUCCCAUGACACCGAGAGUUAUCCAGAUCAUCGAGACUUACCGGCGUCUUCGCAAGGAGACUGGCAAAGAGCAUCCUAUGCUCAAGCCAGCGAGCUUCAAGUCUCCGCGAGAGGCAAUGGCAAUGGGCGAACUAGGAUGCGAGCACGCAACCAUUCCCAAGGACAUUCUCCAGCAGCUCGCUCUACUCAGUCUAGACAGAAACCCGCCCCCUGGUGAAGGUCCCAGUAACGAUAGCGCAACUCCGCCCCGGCUUGCUCACCUGGCCACAAAGGACCCCCUUGCUGCCCCUGACUGGUCAGGGGAACUGGCAUCAACGGAUAUAGACUACCUGGUCGACAAUGGGGCGGCCUUGACAAAGGCCAUUGAUGAGGAUCCGAUAACAAAGAGGGGCAUUCGCGAAGCGCUCGAGGUGUUCAAGGCUAAUGAGUUGCAGAGCAAGAACGCGAUUGAGGAGGUUUUGAAGCAGGUAUAA